AUGGAGGACCCGUCAGGCGACGUGCAGGCCGUUUGGCAGUGCGAGGACGUGCUGGCGCGGCUGUGGGCCAGCGGCGCGUUUGACGACGCCAAGAGCAUCGUUGACAUGGCCGUGCUCACUGGCGUUGACGCCCUCAGACUCGCGCUCACUGCAGCCAACGAGCUAUCGGCAGAGGAAGCUCGGCAAAUCGUGUCUCAGCACCUGGCGCCGGCAGGCGCGGAUCUUCAUGCCUUCACUCCCCCUGACUUCCAUCCACAUCCGCCCUCCUUCCUCCCGCGUGUCGUCCACCCACCAACCCGCCAGUGGGCUCUCUCCGUGCAUCGCCUCUGGCCGCUCCUCUCCUUCCGCACUGCCCCUCCUCCCACCGCCGCUGCCACUGCCACGGCCUCCAAUCCUGUGCGCGCCCUUCCAGCUAUUCCCAGCGCGCAUCCCCCCUGCGCGGAUUCAAAGCGCAGUGCAUGGGGGGAACGGGGAGUCGACGCGGGGCCGGCGCCUGAGGUGCAGCAGCAGGAUGACGGGGGGCAGGGGAGGGGAGCACCGCAUGAUGGGCUGGUGAUGCAGGGAGGCUCGCUGCUGGCGCUGCCACAUGCGCCGGUGAUAGUACCGGGGGAGCGGUUCAGGGAGAUGUACUACUGGGACACUUACUGGGUCAUCAGGGGGCUGCUGGUGAGCGGCAUGCUGGACUCUGCCCUGGCGGCCGUGCGCAACCUGCUGCAUCUCGCCCGCACGCACGCCCAUGUUCCCAACGGCUCCCGCGCUUACUACCUCAAUAGAAGCCAGCCGCCACUGCUGAGUCACAUGGUGCGUGUAGUGCAUGCAGCGCUGCAGGCGCAGGGGCAGGGAGAGCAAGGCCAGCACGCACCGCAGGGUGGGGAGGCGUCACCGGGGAGUGAGGGCGCAGGCAUGGGGCGCAGCGAGCAGGCGGAGAGUCUCUUGAGGGAGGCACUACCUGUGCUGGUCAGGGAGCAUGAGUUCUGGACGCAAGCUUCCAUUCUCUCUCAAGUGCUGUUUCCUUCUUUCCCCAGGCACCUCCUUUCCGUGAUUCGUCUGUCCCUGUGUGGGGGCCACUGCCUGCAGCUGUCACCAUGUGCGUGUGUCCCACCACUCACUGCAAGUCGUCCUCCCUGCCAGGACACGGAGACAGCGCGCCUGGCAUCGCAGCGCCCCCUGGAGCAUCUGCACCACGCCACCUCGCCGCGCGGCACCUCGCAGGUGCAGGCGGCGUUGUUCAGGGAGCUGGCGACGGUGGCUGAGUCGGGCUGGGACUUCAGCUCGCGCUGGAUGCGGUCCGUCACACUCCUCCCCUCGCCUCUCCCCCUCCUCGCACCGCAACUGCUCCCCUUUGACCGCGGGGACUUGACGAGCAGCCACCCCACGAGUGUGCUGCCAGCGGACCUCAACGCGCUGCUCUUCCACCUCGAGUCCACCGUCGCUGCGCUCGCCACCUCGCUGCUCUCCACCCUCUCCUACCCCCCCCACGCUGCCACUGCUGCGCCUCCUGAGGGGGCAGAGGCGGCAGCAGUGAGUGGCGCAUGGCUGGCUGAGGUGGCGGCGCGCUUUGGGGAGCUGGCGGAGCGGAGGAGGGAGGCCAUGGACGCCAUGAUGUGGUGCCAGGGGGAGCUGGCAGAGGGGGGAGGAGGGGUAGGUGACGCAGCAGCAGAGGGAGGAAGAGCGGCAGAGCGUGGCAAGGAGCAAGUGGGGCGAUGGAGGGACGUAUGGAUCCAGCCAAGAGGCACGGAUGGGGAGGAAGGUGGCGCUGCUGCAGAUGCUGUGAGUGUGGGUGGGGGGCUGGAGCAGGGCCAGCAUCGGUGCAUGUGA